AUGCUUGUGUUAACUGGGUGCUUUAAAUGGGCUGUAUUGGCAAAGCACGUUGCUGGACAGAAUAAAUGUCGUGUCAAUGAAAAUUAUACGGAGCAUGAGGGCAAAUAUAUUUUUAACGGAAUUUCAUUCCCGACACCGCUGUCAGAUAUUACCAAGUUUGAAAAAAAUAAUCAGAACGUUUCUGUAAAUGUUUACGGACUUGAAAAACGAUUACAGCCACCGAAAAAGUAUCCUUCAUAUGAGAUUUUCCCACUCAAAGUCGUAGAUGAUGAAAAACGGGAUCACUUUGACUUAUUAUUAGUGACGGAUGGUGAUAAUACACAUUAUACUUACAUCUCAAAUUUUUCGAGAUUACUCCGUUCGCAAAAAACUAGUCAUGCAGGUCAAGUUAUAUUCUGUAAACGUUGCUUUACAUCGUUCGACAGACAGAAUUUAAAGUAUAAGUUAAGCGGGCAGGUGGCGCUUGAACAUCACAGGCUAAUAUGCGGGCCACAUAAACCCAUACGACCUAAAAUGCCAAAAGAGGGAGAUGUGCUACAAUUCACCGCAUGGCAAAACGCGCAGAGACAUCCCAUAGUUAUAUAUGCCGAUUUCAAGGCUCUGCUUGUAAAGACCGAAGAGGAAAAGGGGGGUAAUACAACAAUAAUACAAAAACACCGUCCAAUGAGUUACGGAUUUUUAGUUAAGGCGUCUGAAAAAGUUCCAAUAGAGUUGUUAACAAAAUUUAAACCAGUUAGAACCCGAGGUAGUGAAAGCAGGCAAGACGUGGCAAAACAUUUUAUACAAAAUAUCACUGACGUUGCCGAGAAAAUAGAAAAAUUAUUAAAGACAAACAUUGCUCUGACCAUGACCGAUGAAGACACAGCUAAACAUAAUUCAUGUUUUAAAUGUAAUUUAUGCAAAUGUAGUGUUGAUACAUACACCCGUAUCCGUGAUCACGAUCAUUUGACUGGGAAAUUCAGACAGACCUUGUGUAGUCGGUUUAAUCUAAGACUUAAACAACCAAACUACGUUCCAGUUUUUAUCCACAAUCUAUCCAACUAUGAUGCACAUUUCAUUGUAACCGAACUAGGUUAUAAUUCAAAAAGAAUAAAAGUAAUUCCGAACAGCGGGGAGAAAUUCGUUACUUUUUCAAAAUAUAUAAGUAACGAUUUUACCAUCAGAUUCGUGGAUACUUUUAGAUUUAUGGCUACAAGCCUAUCAACUCUCGCCAACAAUCUAAUAACGCCAAACUUGGAAAAAUUCCGUAUAACGGCAGAACAUUUUUCCAACUAUGAUUUACCGCUCAUCACUCGUAAGGGUGUAUAUCCUUACGACUUCACUGAUGAUUGGUCUAAGCUCGAACAAACCUCUUUGCCGCCUAUAGAAGAUUUUUAUAGCGUUCUGACAGAAGAACAUGUUAAAGAUACGGAAUAUCAGUUUGCGGUAGAAGUUUGGAACCACUUCAAUUGUCAAACGCUGGGCGAAUAUUCCGAUCUAUAUUUAAAAGUCGAUGUUUUACUACUGGCGGAUGUUUUUGAAAAUUUCCGGGACCUUUGCUUGAAUACAUACCAUUUAGACCCGGCAUACUAUUAUACAGCACCGGGGUUCUCUUUCGACGCAAUGUUGAAAUACACGGCGAUAAAACUAGAAUUACUGUCGGAUUAUGAAAUGCUUCUCAUGUUUGAAGACGGUAUUCGAGGUGGACUCACACAAGCCAGCAUGCGGUAUGCAAAAUCAAACAAUGAAAAAACACCAGAUUACAACCCGGCAGAUCCGAAAUCAUGGCUUGUGUAUCAGGAUUGUUCAAAAGUACGCAAACUCAUGGCUACAUUUGAGCCUAAGAAAAAUUAUAUUAUUCACUAUCGAAACCUCCAGCAAGCCUUAAAUAAUGGUCUCAUAGUUGAAAAGGUGAAUAUCAUAUAA